CCCGCGGCUAGCAGCAAGGAGCCCUCGAUCUACCAGCCGUUCGUCGUUCUCAAGACCCAUUACGGGACUGGAUCGGCCAGUCAGAAAGGGGAAUUCGAUGCUGCUCAUUUUGAGCGCCAACUGUAUGUCCUGCGCAAGCAUGCGACGCACUCCAUCACCCUCGCCAAGGGCUUUUACGUCUGUUCUCUAUCGUCGAAGAACAUCGUGUACAAGGGCCAGUUGUCGCCCGCACAAGUGUACAACUACUAUCACGAUCUGAACCAUGUACUCUAUCAGGCGCAUUUUGCGCUUGUCCAUUCGCGAUUCUCGACCAACACGUUCCCGAGUUGGGAUCGUGCGCAGCCCAUGCGAUGGGCCGCUCACAACGGAAACGAGAACAUGGACCCUGCCAAGAAGGCCUUCUACAACUGGGCUGCCUGUCUGCAAGAGCCCUGGGACGGGCCUGCGUUGUUCGCGUUCUCCGAUGGACGAUACUGCGGCGCCAACCUGGAUCGGAACGGUCUGCGCCCUUGCCGUUAUGUGGUGACAAACGAGGAUAUCAUGAUCUGUGCCUCGGAGGUCGGCGCAGUGUACAUUGCUCCGGAGACUGUCGUGCAGAAGGGGCGGCUUAAACCCGGCCGCAUGUUGUUGGUUGACACGGAAGAGGGAAGAAUCGUCGACGACAAGGAGCUCAAGCACCAGACUGCCUCGAAGCAGAACUUUGCGUCGUGGAUCGAGUCACACAUUCUCCACGUGCCCAACAUCAUCAAGCGCGUUCAGCGGAGCAACACCAUUCUCGCGCCUAUUCUGGACGCUUCGUCUCUGGCAACCGACCCUAAGCUGCUGGCGUUUGGCUUCACGAUCGAGCAACUGAAUUUGCUCGUGCUUCCGAUGGUUUCUGACGGGAAAGAGGCCCUCGGGUCCAUGGGCAACGACGCCCCGCUCGCGGCGAUGGCAACCCAGCCCCGACUGAUCUACGACUACUUCCGGCAGCUGUUCGCGCAGGUGACCAAUCCGCCCAUCGACCCCAUCCGAGAAAGUGUCGUAAUGAGUCUAGAGGCGUACGUCGGCCCUGAAGGCAAUCUGCUGGAGAUGAAGCCUGAGCAGUGUCACCGCAUCCUGCUUCCUUCACCUCUCAUCUCGAUCGAGGAGAUGAAUGCGAUGAAGAAGCUCAAGAUCGCCUAUGACCACUGGCCGUCGCGCACGAUCGACAUUACUUUCGAUAAGGCAGAGGGACUGCCUGGGUACGGGUUGGCCCUGGAAAGGAUCUGCAGCGAGGCCACUCAAGCUAUCGAUGACGGCAUCAAGGUGGUUAUCCUGUCAGACCGGAUGACCGGACCGGACCGGGUUCCCCUGUCGGCCCUUGUGGCGUGUGGCGGUGUCCACCAUCAUUUGGUGCUGCAGAAGAAGCGGGCGAAGAUUGCGUUGAUGGUCGAGACUGCCGAGGCGAGGGAGGUGCAUCACAUCUGCGUGCUUGUCGGAUAUGGCGCGGAUGCGGUUUGCCCGUGGUUGAUGCUGGAGACCAUCCACAAGGUCGAGAGGGAGAAUCUCAUCAAAGGGGACCAGACCGUGGCUGAACUCACGGAGAACUAUCGGCACUCGAUCGAUAAUGGGAUCCUCAAGGUCAUGUCCAAGAUGGGCAUCUCGACCCUGGCCUCGUACAAGGGCGCGCAAAUCUUCGAGAUUCUAGGCCUACACAGUCAAGUUGUCGACCGCUGCUUCACAGGCACUGCCUCGCGCGUCCAGGGGGCCACGUUCGACCUUUUGGCGAUGGACGCUUUUGAGCUGCACGAGCGCGGCUGGCCGUCACGGGAGACCAUCAUCCCGCCGGGCAUGCCGGAGUCGGGCGAGUAUCACUGGCGCGACGGCGGAGAGGCGCACAUCAACGAUCCUGCGGGAAUCGCAAACUUGCAAGAUGCUGUGCGUGAGAAGAACCAGAGCGCGUAUGAUGCGUACUCGCGGAACGCCAACGAGCAGACACGGCGGGUGCAUCUCCGUGGGCUGUUGGACUUCCGGUACGAGCAAGCGACUGCCAUCCCGAUCGAGCAGGUUGAGCCUUGGAAUGAGAUUGUGCGGCGGUUUGUGACGGGUGCCAUGUCGUAUGGAUCGAUCUCCAUGGAAGCGCACUCGACGCUGGCGGUGGCGAUGAACCGGCUCGGUGGCAAAUCCAACACGGGCGAGGGCGGUGAAGAUGCGGAACGGUCUUUGGUGCUGUCCAAUGGCGAUACCAUGCGCAGUGCCAUCAAGCAGGUCGCUUCUGGGCGAUUCGGGGUCACUUCCAACUAUCUCGCUGAUGCGGACGAACUGCAGAUCAAGAUGGCCCAGGGCGCCAAGCCUGGAGAAGGUGGUGAGCUCCCGGGACACAAGGUCUCAGGCUCCAUUGCUCGCACCAGACACUCGACCGCUGGCGUCGGAUUGAUUUCGCCCCCGCCGCACCACGACAUCUACUCGAUCGAAGAUCUGAAGCAGCUCAUCUACGACCUCAAGUGUUCCAAUCCUCGUGCUCGGGUCUCAGUCAAACUCGUUUCCGAGGUUGGCGUUGGGAUCGUCGCCAGCGGUGUCGCUAAAGCCAAGGCCGAUCACAUCCUGAUCUCAGGUCACGACGGUGGAACCGGGGCUUCUCGCUGGACUGGCAUCAAGUACGCUGGAUUGCCCUGGGAACUGGGUCUGUCCGAGACGCAUCAGACGCUUGUGCUGAACGAUCUGCGCGGGAGAGUGACGGUGCAGACUGACGGCCAGAUCCGCACGGGCCGCGAUAUUGCGAUCGCCUGUUUGUUGGGUGCCGAGGAGUUUGGAUUCGCCACGACGCCCCUGAUUGCGAUGGGUUGUAUCAUGAUGCGCAAGUGCCAUUUGAACACCUGUCCGGUCGGAAUUGCGACACAGGAUCCGCAGUUGCGAGCCAAGUUCGCUGGCCAGCCGGAACAAGUCAUCAACUUCUUCUAUUACCUGGCGGAAGAACUGCGAUCGUACAUGGCCAAACUCGGAUUCCGGACGAUCAACGAGAUGGUUGGGCGCGCGGACAUGCUGAAAGUGGAUGAGAAGAUGCGGACGGUCAAGACGGCCCACCUGGAUCUGUCUGCCAUCCUCAAACCCGCAUGGCAGAUGCGCCCUGGUGCUGCGACGUACCGUGUCAGGCCGCAGGACCACAAGCUGUACAUUCGGCUGGACAACAAGUUCAUUGACGAGUCGGAGCCGGCUCUGACCAAGGGCUUGCCUGUGCACAUCGACUGCGAGGUGACCAACACCGACCGGGCUCUCGGCACGUCGUUGAGCUACCGAGUAAGCAAGCUCUACGGCGAAGAGGGCCUGCCGAAAGACACCAUCCACAUCAAGAUGCAAGGUUCCGCUGGUCAGUCAUGUGGUGCGUUCUUGGCGCCGGGGAUCACAAUCGAGCUCGAGGGAGACUCGAACGAUUACGUCGGCAAGGGUCUCUCGGGCGGUCGCCUCGUCGUGUACCCGCCGAAGCAGAGCACAUUCAAAGCCGAAGAGAACAUCAUCGUCGGCAACGUCUGUUUGUACGGUGCCACCUCCGGCGAGGCCUUCAUCCGCGGCAUUGCCGCCGAACGGUUCGCUGUGCGCAACUCGGGUGCCAAUGCUGUCGUCGAGGGCACGGGCGAUCACGGCUGCGAGUACAUGACCGGAGGCCGCGUUGUUGUGCUCGGUGCCACGGGCCGCAACUUUGCUGCCGGCAUGAGCGGUGGGAUUGCGUAUGUCUUGGACACGGCACACACCUUCGCGUCCAAGGUCAACAUGGAGAUGGUCGAGCUCGGCAAAGUCACGGAUCCGCGCGAGAUUGCGGCUCUGCGGAGUCUGAUUGAGGACCACCGGCACUACACCGGGUCGGAGGUCGCGGAUCGGGUGCUGCACGACUUCCACCAUCUGCUGCCGCUGUUUGUCCGGGUUAUGCCGCACGACUACAAGCGGAUGCUGAACGAGCAGGCUGCCCGGGAGAAGGAGGAGAAGAUGAGGCAGAGCGUGAUCGAUCUCGUCCCGAGUCGCACCGCGAGCCAGGUCGACUUGGCCAGCGGGCUGGAGGAUGUUCUGCCCCCGAGACCGACCCCGAGUCGAGCUGUCAGCUCGAGGGAGCCUGGUGUGACCGACAUGGAGGACUCGCUUGUAGACGAGAACACAACCCGGCAGCGACUGAGCAAGCUCGACAAGACGCGAGGGUUCAUGAAAUACAAGCGCCUUGGCGAGGCUUACCGGCCGCCCAGGAAACGGGUCAAGGACUGGAACGAGAUCAGCGCGCGACUGACCGAGGGCGAGCUCAAGUAUCAGUCGGCGAGAUGCAUGGACUGCGGUGUUCCGUUCUGCCAGUCGGACUCGGGCUGCCCGAUCUCGAAUGUGAUUCCCAAGUGGAACGACCUGGUCUUCAAGGGGCAGUGGCGUGAUGCGCUGAACCGUCUGUUGCUGACCAACAAUUUCCCUGAAUUCACUGGGCGAGUGUGCCCUGCUCCGUGUGAGGGCGCCUGUGUGUUGGGCAUCAACGAGCAGCCGGUGGGCAUCAAGAGCAUCGAGUGUGCCAUCAUCGACAAGGGUUUCGAGAUGGGCUGGAUGGCACCGAAUCCACCGAGCUUCCGAACGGGCAAGAAAGUUGCUGUCAUCGGGUCAGGGCCGGCGGGAUUGGCCGCUGCGGAUCAGCUGAACAAGGCAGGACAUUUUGUCACCGUGUACGACCGCAACGACCGGAUGGGUGGCCUGCUGAUGUACGGAAUCCCGAACAUGAAGCUGGACAAGGCUGUGGUGCAGCGCCGGCUGGAUCUGAUGGCUGCUGAGGGUGUCACUUUCGUGCCGAACGCCAAUGUCGGCGUCGAUGUGUCUGUCGAGGAGCUCCAGGCGGACCACGAUGCGGUCAUCCUCAAUACCAAGUCAUUGCUCGACUCUGGUCUGGGCGACUCGCAGUACAUCUCUGCCAAGGGCAAGGACGUGAUCGUGAUUGGCGGUGGCGACACCGGCAACGAUUGCAUCGGGACGUCCAUGCGCCAUGGCGCGAAGAGUGUGACCAACUUUGAGCUGCUGCCCCAGCCGCCUGUAAGCCGAGGACGAGACAACCCUUGGCCGCAGUGGCCGAGGAUCUUCCGCACGGAUUAUGGCCACAAUGAAGUUGCUGCUCAUUUCGGUGCCGAUCCCAGAGAGUACUGCAUCUCGACCAAGGACUUUGUGGUCGACGACGAGGGAAAACUGAAGGGUCUCAACACCGUUCGAGUCGAAUGGACGAGAGACUCUGGCGGACGGUGGAAGAUGGAAGAAGUGCCCGGUUCCGCCAAGUUCUUCCCCGCACAGCUCGUGUUCCUCGCGCUCGGCUUCCUGGGCCCGCAGGCGGAGCUGAUCAAGGCACUCGGCGUGCAACAGGACGCGCGGUCCAACAUCCAGACAGCUUUCCCUGGCAAGAAGAGCAAGUACGCGACGAGCGUGCAGGGUGUUUUCGCUGCCGGAGAUUGCCGCCGGGGACAGAGUCUGAUUGUGUGGGGCAUCAACGAGGGCCGGGGCGUUGCAGCUGAAGUCGAUGCGUGGUUGAGCGAGCUCGGCACCACGCGCCUGCCCAGCGCCGGUGGCAUCAAAACCCGUUUCUUUGUUCCGCCGCCGAGCAGUGUUGCCGUUGCCGCCUGAGCGUUUGUAUUAUGUAGUCACGAUAGGAAUGUAUGUUUUCAUGACAGUUGUAAUCACUGUGACAGUGUAAGCGGGCUUUAGCCUUCGGUAGUCCCCAUCAGUCAC